AUGGCUGCGUCUCGUCGACGCCGGCAUAACGACUCGUCGGCAGAAGACGAGGAUUUAGAGCCGCCACGUCAGCGACUUCUAUACGGGCCAGAUGUCAAUGAUCCGGAAGGUGAAACAAAUGAUUGGUACCGUAUUCACGAUCCGGACAAAUAUGUAGUUCAAAUGGUAGAUCUGGAAGUGAAGGCUCCGCAUAUUCUUAAAAAUAAAUUAAACUGCCCACUGAUGAUACGAAAUUCUAUGGAAAAAGAAUAUAUCAAAUUUGCCAAUGAAAUGAGCUAUAUCUUAUCACCGAAAGAGUUGAUGGCAGCUGAAAAGGAGAUAAGAUUUUGGAUGAGAAAGAAAUUUGCUGAUUGCAUUUCGUCCAAACUCAUACAACCAGUAAAUAUCAAGGCGGAACACUGGCUUUUGGGAUCAGCAGCACACCAGGAUUUGAGAAGCAGUCUUCAUUAUAAUCCUUUAUUGGAUGAGAAUCGAUUUUCGCUGAGAAAAGGUCUUGAUGUGAAAAUAUCUGAGAAGCAUUCGUUAAUAUUCAACGAAAAAAUACCGGAGGAUAAAACUGCUAUUGAAUAUUAUCGAACGAAAUUUCCAAAAGCCAUUGCGGUCAAUCACUUGAACCAUGUAAACGCACAUCGAUUUUUAACGACGAUUCCGAUAUACCAAAAGCAUGAAAUUUGUAUGGGUAGUUUGUACGAGCUUUUCUUUGAGAGUAAGAAGGACAUGCAAAAGGCAAUAAGGGAUAGCACCAAAUAUUUCAAAACGGAUUUAAAUUUUUCAAUUGGGACAAUUGACUACGAAGGUAAAAUGGAAUCAUUCCAAUUAGAAUUCGCUUACGAGUACGGAUUAAUUCCUACGGAUUCAGUCAUUCUCAAGGUAGCACGAGUUGAAGACUUGGAAGUUACUGUGAGAAUUCUUGAACAUCAUAAAAUGACCGUUCAAUUACUUGAUGAUCGUGAUAGAGAUGAGACAAUGGAUUGCUGCCAGUUCCGCUUCGGAAUGACUACGAUGAAAGUGUCUGAAAUUCCAUCUCAUCUGAAUAAUGAGAAGGCAGCCGAAUGGCUAAUCGGUCGCAUAUUAGAUUUGAACAAAGUACAAUGGAUGAAUAUUCAGCUUCUUCGUCAUUCAUCUUCGAACGAACAUGUUGAUUUGGCAAUUGGAAAUCCGAUUGAAGCAAUCAAUGCAAUUCUCAUCCAUAAUUUCUUGUUUGAUUUAAGAUUGCAAAAAAUGAUCGAAAAAUUUCAAGUAGAAUCUCUACAAGAAUAUGACGACAACGGAAGUUUGCCUUGGAAGAUAGUGGAACUGGAAAGCCCAUCUGAUCUACCAGUCAACGUGCGCCAACUUCGUUUCCGCGUUCUUUUUGACAUGGCGCGUAUUAAUAGCUAUGUGCGAAAACUCAACAAUCGCGGAGAUAUGCGAAAUUUCCUUCAAACACUGAGAAAACAUUUGCCACCAAGUUUUGUGAAGAUGAGCAUUUAUCCAAGAUAUCGGUUAAUGAUCCCAAUAGCUCGAAACGUUCGAAUUGCAAUGAACACUGAAAUUGAAGAAAUGAAUAGUGCCAUAAAAAGGAGCAUUCUCCGAGAAGAUUCACUUCGGAAAGGGGAGUAUGGAGAGUCUUCAGCGGUAAGAAUAAUUGACGAUUUUAAUGAAACUGAUGACGAUGGAUUGAUCGGAUUAGAAGGAUGGAGUAAAGAGCUCGUUGAGUCGAUUUUCCCAAUUUUCAAAGACCUACUAACCCCGUUACUUGUAAACGCGGAAAAAGAGGAAACAGAAGAAUUGCUUCAGGGAACGGGACUUGCGUGGUUACGCCACGUCGAGAACGUACUUUUCAAAAAUAUUGUCAUUGACGUCAAUAAUUUCAAAAAAUCCUAUUCGAUCUAUGGUAAUGAGGAAAGUGUAAAGGCGUGCCGUGAAGCAUUGAAAUCGUUUAAUACCAGAAAAGAAAUUAUCACAAUAUCCGCGAAAAUUCCGAUUCAAUCGCCGACCUUUAACAACGAAAUUUGGCAUAUUUUAGAUAUGCAAUUUAUUCAAAUCCUUUCUGAACAGCUAAAAAGCUCAAUCACUGUUGACGCAGAGAAUACGGAUGUUCUAGAAUUUAAAGGAAGUUAUGCUUCAUAUGAUCUUCUAAUGAAGAUUAUUAAAGAAAUCGAUACCAUGGUUUUCCAUAGACUUAUUUCAAAUUUCCCAGCACUUUCCGAAGUGUCUAUCUGCCCGGUCUGCACAAACGAGGUUGAUGAAAAUCAUGUGCAAAUGGAAUCUUGUGGUCAUGUCUAUUGCCGAAAAUGUUUUGAUCAGUUGAUCAAUAGAUCCAUUCUUAAUAUUGGUGAACCGGCUCGCUGUUUUGCCACGCAAUGCCACGACCAAAUAUCCUCUGGAGAUAUUCUGCGCACUUUUGUUGAUCUACCUAUUCGAGUGAAUGUGCAUGUCGUGACGAAACUCCGACCAGUUUACCAAGCAGUUUUAAAGCGUUGGAAUGUUGGAACAAAUUCUUGUUUGAAAUUGUGCCCAACAUCGAAUUGCUACGGAAUUCUUGGACAGCAAGGAGCCGCCGAAAGAAGUGAGAUAUGCUACGUUUGUCAACAAGGUUACUGUAAUGAGUGCGGUCAGCGUGCGCAUGACAAAACUUGCGCCAUAUUCAGAUCAGGCUUAACCCUUCUUCAUGACAAUCUUAGCAGAUUUGGGGACAAACGACCCCCGGGAUCAGUCAAACCAUGCCCGAACUGUCGCACAUAUAUUCAGAAGAUCAAGGGCUGUCACCAUAUUCAAUGCGUAUCCUGCAAAGUACACUUCUGUUGGAUUUGCAGAUUUAAGUCGAUAAAUGCCACUGAGGUUCACAUUCAUUUGAAGAGUACUCAUGGAUCAUAUGGCUAUAGCGAUUAUGGCGUCCUCAUCAAGUUGGCUCAACAAAUGGCAAUGCUGGAGCAAAACCAAGGAGCUUAA